AUUCAAUUGGUAUCUCAACUACUUCAGUACAUUCUGUUGAUUCAAUUGCUAUCUCAAUCCUCCGCCAACAACGACACGCUUUUGGAGGUUUAGUUACAACUUAGUCCAGGACCAUGGCUGUUUUGGUGAGUCAAGUAAAUAGAUAUAAACAUUGGAAGCUUUCAUUGUCUAUUACAUGUCCCAAUGCAAUUUUUAGAAUGCACUUAGAAAGAACGUCUCAGACAAUAAAUCAAAAGUCUGGCUCACACAGCCUGCCUCAGACCAUCCUGACUCAGAACAGACUGCCUUAAAACUUCUUGCCUUAUAACAGCCUCCGAUUGUAUGUGAUAUCAAAGAACAACCUGUCCGUCUAUAGAACAGGCGGCCUAAGAAAGAUCUUUGGUAGAAAAGCGUGCCACAGACUGUCCUUCCUCAGAUCAGCCUGUCUCAGAUAAGCCUGACUUAGAAUAGACUGACUGAAAAUAAACUAAAACAGAGCGGCAUGCAUCCUAGCAGCCUACCUCAGGACGGUCUGCCUUACAAAAGUCUGUCAUAGCACAGCCUGAGUUAGUAUAGCUUAAUCCCUAAAAGCCUAACUAACCUUAAUUCACACCUUCCUUCUAUGAAACGCCAUGCAAAAGAACAGUCUGUCAUAGCACAGCUUGAGUUAGUAUAGCUUAAUCCCUAAAAGCCUAACUAACCUUAAUUCACACCUUCCUUCUAUGAAACGCCAUGCCAAAGAACAGUCUGUCAUAGCACAGCUUGAGUUAGUAUAGCUUAAUCCCUAAAAGCCUAACUAACCUUAAUUCACACCUUCCUUCUAUGAAACGCCAUGCCAAAGAACAGUCUGUCAUAGCACAGCCUGAGUUAGUAUAGCUUAAUCCCUAAAAGCCUAACUAACCUUAAUUCACACCUUCCUUCUAUGAAACGCCAUGCCAAAGAACAGUCUGUCAUAGCACAGCUUGAGUUAGUAUAGCUUAAUCCCUAUUCCUCAUAAAAGCGUGGCUCAGAUCAGCCUGAAUAAGAACUGUCAUAACUCAAAAGAGUUGCAACUUAAUGGAAUGAAUAAGAAAAGCAAAUCUCAGAACAGUCUGCCUCACAACGGUUUUUCUCAUAAAAGUAUUUCACAAAACAGCUUGCCCCAGAACGGUCUACAUCAUAACAGUCGGUCACAAAACAACCUGACCCACAACCGUCUUCCUCAGGGCAGUCUGUCACAAAACCGAACCUUUAUAAUAGACUACAACAUUUAGGUACAGAACUUUUGUAAUGGGCUACACCACUAUUGUACCAAACAUGUGUAAUGUACUACAACAUUGAUGUAAUAAACCUUUAUAAUGGAUUACAACAUUGAUUUAUCAAAGUUCAGUCAUCGACUACACCAUUGAAGUACCAAACCUUUGUAAAAGACUACAACAUUGAAGUACCAAACCUUUGUAAAAGACUACAACAUUGAAGUACCAAACCUUUGUAAAGGACUACACCAUUGAAGUACCAAACCUUUGUAAAAGACUACACCAUUGAAGUACCAAAACUUUGUAAAGGACUACAACAUUGAAGUACCAAACCUUUGUAAAGGACUAGAAAAUUGAUGUUUCACACCUUUGUAAUGGACAACAACGUUAAUGUACCAAACCAUUGUAAUAGACUACAACAUUAAUGUAAAAAAACUUUAAAAUGGACUACAACAUUAAUGUACAAAACCUUUGUAAUGGACUAGAUCUUUUACGUACCAAACCUUUAGAUAGGACUAAAACAUUGAUGUACAAUACCUUUGUAAUGGACAAAAAAUUGAUGUUUCACCCCUAUUGUAUUUGACUAUUACAUUGAUGUACCAAACCAUUGUAUGGACUUCAAUAUAUGUGUACCACAGCUUUGUAAUGUCCUACAAUAUUGAGCUACCAAAAAUUUGUAAUGGACUAUAACAUUGAUGUACCAAUCUUUUGUAAUGGACUACAACAUUGAUAUACCAAACCAUUUUAAUCAACUACUACAUUGAUGUACAAGACCUUUGUAAAGAAAUACCACAAUUAUGUGUCAAACCUUUGUAAUGACCUAUCGCAUUAAUAUACACAACCAUUGUAAGGUUUCAUUUUGACGUCAGCCUUUCCAAAAAAUAGAAACUUUUGUUGUCAUCCUACUCUUACACAUAUUUACCGACAAAAAUAAACAUGUCUAUCUGCACAUAUACAUAUGACUAGCCAUACACAUACACUUGGCUAAAAAUACACAUACAAAUGGUUAAAUGCAUAUAUACAACUUGUUAAACACAAACCGCGUGCACACACGUGGCUAACAGCAAACAUACACAUUGCUAACCUGAAAAAUACACAUGUCAAGCCAUACACAUACAAAUGGCUAACCGUACACUUACACAUGGUUAACUGCACACAUACACAUUAUUAAUCAAAAACAUACACAUGGCUAACCACACACAUAAACACAGCUAAAACACAAAUACACAUGGUUUACCAACCGCAUGCACAUGGCUGACCGUGAAGUUAGUCCGUGGUGUGGCACGUUUGUGUAGGCUGAGUUGUUGUGUGGGUUUUAUAAAAGGGAUGUGUGUUAGCUAGAGGGCAGUCCGAGUCAGUGAGAGUCAGAAGUCAGUGGGAGACAGGGAGAGACAGGGAAAAAAGGCAGAGCAAGAGAAUUGUUAGUCAUCAAGAUUGUUAGACUGAUGUGUAUGCUGUUUGUAAAGAACCUAAUAAAUAUUCUAUCUAUAUAUAUUGUUACACUGGACCUUUGCGUUUUAUGUGAGAGUCAUAUACCCUAGACAAAGCAAGAGAGAGCCGUAACACGUCAAGUAUAAAUUAAGGUCGUAACAUUUGAAGUUACGAAGGUACAAAGAAGAUCGUAACAAACUGCACACAUACACAUGGCAAAUAAAAUUGUACAUAUGACCAACUACACACAUAUACUUAGCUUACAUUAAACAUAACCAUGUCUAACUGUACACAUACGCACGUCUCAUUUUACACAUACACAUGGUUAACCGCACACAUACACAUGGCUAACGGUUAAUAUUAAUAUGAAAAUUCACAAACAUACACAUGUUUAACCUCAAACAUACACAUGGCUAGCCGAAAACGUGAAUAUGGUUAACUGCACACAUACACAUGACUAACCACACACCUGUCCAUAACUAACCUUACACAAACACACUGCUAACCGUACACAAACACAUGGCUAACCGUACACAUACACAUAACUAACCGUACACGUACUAUGGCUAACCAUACACAUACACAUUGCUAACCGUACACAUACACAUGGCUAACCGUACAAAUGCGCCAGGCCAAUCACACACAUACACAUGGCUAAUGACACUCACGCACACGUGAUGGGGAUUAUUAUUAAAACUGUCGACCUUAGAUUUUAAGAUCUUUCUAUUUUUACACAGACAUCUGCAUUGCUGCUUUUUCUAAUGAGCCAAUUAGUCCAGGUGAACUGUCAAGGUAAGAAAUGUUGUAAUAAGCCCUUACGACCCGGUGAGCUUUUCAGGUAAUAAUUUGUGUUAUAAUCUAUUAUGUCUCGGUGACCUGCCAUGGUAAGAAUUAUUCUAAUUAGAAAUAUUGGAACCUUUAGUUUUUAAUGUUUUCAUAAAAAUUUCGUUUAAUUUUCUAAAUGUUUCAUUCUUCUUGAUAUAGGCCUUGGUUGCUUUGAUCUAGGUCUUGAUUUUACUUGAUAUAGGCUUCGGUUCAACUUGAUUUAGGUCUUAGUUCAACUGGAUACAAGCCUUGGUUCAACUUGUGAUAGGCCUUGGUUCAACUUGAUAUAGGCCUUGGUUUAACUGGAUGCAAGCCUUAGUUCAACUUGGUGUAGGCUUUGGUUCAACUUGAUAUAUGCCUUUGUUCAACUUGAUAUAGGCCUGGUUCCACUUCAUAUAUGCGUUGGCUCAAUUUGAUAUAGAUAUUCUUUCAAAAUGAUAUUGGCCUUGGUUAAACUUGACACAGGCAUUGGUUCAAAUUAAUAUAGGCGUUGGUUCAACUUGAUAUGGGGCUUGGUUUAAAUUAAUGUAGGCCAUUAAAAUACGAGAUCACAUGCAAUUCGUAGUCUAGUUUUAUGGUUAAACUUGAUGUAUGCACUGAACUUAAGCGUUACAGUUGACAUGUUAUUUAGUCAAUUUUCAUUGUUCACUAUGAUAUAUGCGUUGGUUCAACUUGAUGUAGGCCAUGUUUUAAAUUGGUGUAGACCUUUAACUUAGGAGUUGACACGUUAUACAUUUCCUAGUUUCUUGGCUCAAAUUGAUGUAGGCCUUGCUUCCACUUUGUGAAGACGUUGCGUCAACUCAAUAUAGGCCUUGGUUUAACUUGAUGUAUGCCUAGCUUCAACUUGAUGUAGGCUUUGCUUCCACUUUGUGAAGGCUUUGCUUCAACUUCAUGUAGGCAUUUAACAUUUGUUCACCUGAUAACUUUACCACCAUAUUCGCAUUUAUUCUUUGUAUUCAUCUGAACUGUAUCAUUAUUUUUUUUUUAAAUAGAAGUUUCCAAUGAAAUAUCGAAGGCUUAAAUCUACCAAUGGGAACUAAAUUGUUAACCUAAGUGAAGCUUUGCCAUCUUUAGAAUCUCCAGUUGCGUCUCUUUAGAAGGGUCAUUGAACAUAUUAGAUUUUUUAGUAAAAAAAAAAAAAAAAAAAAAAGAUAAUAUAAUGUAAUGUUUGAUUAUGUAAAGACAUUAUCUGAACUACCUGACUAAACAAUUGAAUUCAAUUCAAAAUCGGUUUGCUUUUACUUGAUCUGAUAGACGCUUUACAAGUAAGAGCUUACAGAGUGUUUAUUCAGGCAGAUUCAGAAUAAACAGCCUCGUAAAUAUAUGUAGCUUAACAUGUCAAUAUAAAUGUACAUAUUUGCUUGGGCAUCAGAUAGGACGCAUUCAUUACCCAUUAAGUUCGAUCAUAAUUCAACAUAGUUUUUUGAAAGAUACAUUUAAUCAGUAUACACAAAUUGAAUAAUAGUCAUACAAAUACAUUUCAGGUUCUAAUCCUUGCGAGGAUAAGAAAUAUGGCAAAGUUUCCUAUCCUACAUCAUGUUCCAAGUAUUAUGAAUGCAAUAAUUACAAAGGAGUGGAAAAAUCCUGUCCAACGGGACAACACUUCAGCGUUAAGGUAUACGUUAAUUAUUGAACUUGUAUAGUAAAAGAAAAAAAACUAAGUCAUGUCCCCACACCCCCUGGAAUGCAAAAUAUUUCGUUGAAAUUCGAAACCGUUUUACAGUUAAAUAAUAAAAAAAAGAGUUAAAUCUCUCUUUGAAAGUCAACAAUCCUGUUGAAAGUCAACACCACAUAAAAGUUAACUCUCCAGGUGGAUGUCAACACCCCGUUGAAAGUUAACACCAUUGGUGAAAGUCAAACUAAAUGUCAACAACACCUUUGAAAGUCAACACCUCCUUUCAAGGCAAAACAUCAAGGUGAAAGUCAACCCCUCCGUUGAAAGACAAAGCUCCCAAUGCAAGUCUAACCCUCCAGGUUUAACUCAACUCUCUCGGGGAAAGACAACAAUCCAUUUAAAAGACAACCCUCCCUGUUAAAGACAACGCUCAUAGUUAAAUUCAACCCUCCCAGUUCAUGUCAAAUCUCCCAGUGUAAGUCAAACAUCCGGUGUAAGUCAAACAUCCCGGUGUAAGUCAAACCUCCCAGUGUAAGUCAAACAUCCCGGUGUAAGUCAAACAUCCGGUGUAAGUCAAACAUCCGGUGUAAGUCAAACCUCCCAGUGCAAGUCAAACAUACCGGUGUAAGUCAAACAUCUUGGUGUAAGUCAAACAUCCUGUUGUAAGUCAAACAUCCGGGUGUAAGUAAAACCUCCUGGUUUAAGUCAAACAUCCCGGUGUAAGUCAAACAUCCCGGUGUAAGUCAAACAUACCGGUGUAAGUCAAACAUACCGGUGUAAGUCAAACAUCUUGGUGUAAGUCAAACAUCCUGUUGUAAGUCAAACAUCCGGUGUAAGUGUAAACAUCCGGUGUAAGUCAAACAUCCCGGUGUAAGUCAAACAUCCAGUGUAAGUCAAACAUCCCGGUGUAAGUCAAACAUACCGGUGUAAGUCAAACAUCCCGGUGUAAGUCAAACAUACCGGUGUAAGUCAAACAUCUUGGUGUAAGUCAAACAUCCUGUUGUAAGUCAAACAUCCGGGUGUAAGUAAAACCUCCUGGUUUAAGUCAAACAUCCCGGUGUAAGUCAAACAUCCCGGUGUAAGUCAAACAUCCCGGUGUAAGUCAAACAUCCUGUUGUAAGUCAAACAUUCGGGUGUAAGUAAAACCUCCCGGUUUAAGUCAAACAUCCCGGUGUAAGUCAAACAUCCCGGUGUAAGUCAAACAUCCCGGUGUAAGUCAAACAUCCCAGUGUAAGUCAAACCUCCCAGUGUAAGUCAAACCUCCCGGUGUAAGUCAAACCUCCCAGUGUAAGUCAAACAUCCCAGUGUAAGUCAAACCUACCGGUGUAAGUCAAACCUCCCGGUGUAAGUCAAACCUCCCAGUGUAAGUCAAACCUCCCAGUGUAAGUCAAACAUCCCAGUUUAAGUCAAACCUCCCAGUGUAAGUCAAACCUCCCGGUGUAAGUCAAACCUCCCGGUGUAAGUCAAACAUCCCAGUGUAAGUCAAACCUCCCAGUGUAAGUCAAACAUCCCAGUGUAAGUCAAACCUCCCAGUGUAAGUCAAACCUCCCGGUGUAAGUCAAACCUCCCAGUGUAAGUCAAACAUCCCAGUGUAAGUCAAACCUCCCGGUGUAAGUCAAACCUCCCAGUGUAAUUCAAACCUCCCGGUGUAAGUCAAAACCUCCCGGUGUAAGUCAAACCUCCCGGUGUAAGUCAAACCUCCCAGUGUAAGUCAAACAUCCCAGUGUAAGUCAAACCUCCCAGUGUAAGUCAAACAUCCCAGUGUAAGUCAAACCUCCCGGUGUAAGUCAAACCUCCCGGUGUAAGUCAAACCUCCCAGUGUAAGUCAAACAUCCCAGUGUAAGUCAAACCUCCCGGUGUAAGUCAAACCUCCCAGUGUAAGUCAAACAUCCCGGUGUAAGUCAAAACUCCCGGUGCAAGUCAAACAUCCCGGUGUAAGUCAAACAUCCCGGUGUAAGUCAAACAUACCGCUGUAAGUCACCCUCCCGAAGAAUGACAACUUUCCCUUCGCUAAUCAGACAUCUGCUGAAUGAUCAGCGGAAGUUUUAUUCAAACACUCUUUAUUUAUUUUUAAAGACAUAACACGUUUGGAAAGCAAGGGCAUCAUUGAAUGUGUAAGACUAUAAUUAGAAACCUGUUCUUAAAUUGUAAAUUAUAUUUUAUUAUUUUUUUAAAAAAGAAAAUUACAAAAUAUUAAAUUAAUUUACCUAAAAAUGAGGAUAACUGGAAUCCCUUUACCUUAAACUGUGCUUGGAUAGGUCAAGAAAUAAUCAUGUCUUAACCUGACGGUUUUUCAUAUGUGUAUGUCUCCGAGUCAUUAGAAUUAUCACUUGGCGAAUCAUCUAGUUUAAUUUGAGGUGUUUUCAAAAUUCAUUUUGGAAUUUGCAAGGAUUUUUCUUUCAAGCACCAUGGUCGUUUCGAGUCGUGUGAACAGAACAUAAUGAUGUACGACUCAAAAUCGACUUGGUCGCGUUCAUUAUUCUUGGUUUCUACAUUAAUGAUAACAUUUAAAAGGUCAUUUUGUUGUAUAAAUCUGAUACAUUAUUUUAUAAUAAUAAUUUAAUUUUCAUUUAAAUCCAUCAAAAUAUGUUCAAAUAAAAUUAGCUUCACCCAUUUCAACCCGACGAAAACACUUUCAAUAGUUCGAAAUUGUAGAGUAAAAAGCUAUUCUCAUGUUAAUAAUUGUCCCUAGUACUCGGACCUUUUUGUCAGCGUACUCAUGAUCAUUAACGUUCCUUGAAUUAAAACGUCUUAGUUGUAUUGCAUUAAUUUAUGUUAACCAUUAAUAUGGUACAUAAUGAAAUUCCAGCAAAUGAUAUCUUAUAGACAGUUUAUAUCCACAUUUGUCUAGUACAUAAUCACAAAAAUAAAGAAAAAGAAUUGCAUAAAUCGUUUACAUUCCACAUUGACUAAUCAAUAAAUUCAUUAGGCACGAAUAGUUCGUCUUAAUAUAACAAUACAUGUUAAGCUUUAAUACUAAUUAUACAUUAUACUAGUAUACGUCGCUUGCAUUCCACAUUCAUCUACUACAUAAUGACAUUAAAGCAAAUCGUAUCCAAUCUCUUGUUGUACAUUCUCUCAUCAGUCAAAGAGCUGUGUCCCAGUGCGCCAGUCCGGUUGUUACCUAUCGACGACCGCAGUAACAGUUAGAAAAGGUUUGGAAUAUAAUGAUUUACACCAACUCUAUAUUGACUGAUAUGUUAUAUUGACAUGAUAGCAUUCAUGAAACGGUUUGUUAAACAAGAUGUGUGAUUUGAUUGAAAUGGAACACCGUGAAAUGUUAAGAUAUGCGGAAUUAACAAUGUCGAAAACUUUUGUUGAUAUUUGAUUUAUCAAUAUAUUAUCAUUAGACAAAUCAUAAAAGAAUAUUGAAAGAGCAUGAAAUUAAAAAAGAUAUAUAAAUAUUAUUUGACACAUAUUUAUAUGAAUCACAUAAACAAUGAAAAAUAGACUGGGCAUUAAAGAGUUGUAUGAAUAAGUCAUAUUGUGUUCAAAGAAAACCAAAAAUAUGCUAACGCUUAUCUAAUUGAGAUUAACUUUGUGUAUAAAUAUCGAUUUCAAAUAUUCACAUUUUUUAAAGAUAAAGACACCCUCACAGAUAGAGUCGUAUCUAAAAUGCAGACCUAAUUUACAAAACGGAAUAAUUCAGAGCUGAUUUCUUGUGUCGAGUACUUUAAGCACCGAGGUUUAAUUAUGCAAGAUAUUAUCAUUUUUUACCAUGGGCGAACAGUCAGGAUCCCCCCCCCCCAAAAAAAAAAAGGGGGGAGGGGGUUUGGAAAACCAAAACUUGGUCGGCAUUUUAGGUUAUUUAAUACUGCAGGCACCACAGUACAAAUUAAUUUCAAUAAAAGAUUAAAUAAUUUCAUUUUACAAAGUAAAUACAAAAAUAAUUUAAUAAAAAUCAAUAAAAAGCAAACACUAUUUUAAAACAAAAAACCUGAUAAAAGUCAUUGACGAUAAUAUGCAGAACGUGUGGACCAUGUAGCAUUGUCAAUCAAAGAAUCACUACAGCACAGGUUAGUGGAUGAAAAGAGAACAUAAAAGACAACGAGUUGUGGCAUUUCUGACAAUUUUGGGAACACCUUUAGAAAUACUUAGUUUGUGAAUAUUGUAUAAUCUUAUGGCUCGCGACACUCACUGACGGAAUUAUGACAUUGUGCCAGAUUUCAAUUGUUAAGAUAAGAAAAGCAUACGGCAUUAUUGCGCAUUUUUAUCUGAUGCGCAUCGUAUUUGAAUAAAUUGUCAAUGAUAAUUUAAAAGGUUACUACAAUUCAACCACAUAAUACAGUAGAUGUCCAUUGUUUCUUUUUGCCAAUGUCUGCACUUUAUCCACAUCAGUCGGUAGAUUUCCAUCAUUUCCUUACCAGUACUAAGUGAAUACACUUCAUCCACAUCAUUCUGUAGAUGUUCAAGGAUUAUAUAAUGAAAUACGUUACACUGUAUCUCUAAAGGAAACAAUUAUAAUGAGAAAUAUUUUAGGUAAAAAAUGAAUUUUGUGAAAUGUGUGAAACAAUAGGCACGAGAAAAAAAAAAAGAUAGAAAUUAUCAAAAGAUUACUACAGUCAAGUUCUAAACAUCAAUUGAUAAAUGUGUAUGGAUACUAGAUGCUCGUCGCCACACAAGGACAAAUGUGUAUGAACAAUAGCAGUGCGUCGCCACACCAGGACAAAUGUGUAUGGACAACAGAUGUGCUUCGCAAAACCAGGACAAAUGUGUAUGAACAAUAGCUGUGCGUCGCAUAACUAGGACAGAUGUGUUUGGACACUAGAUGCACGUCGCCAAUCCAGGACAGCUAUCCGUAACAAUAUGAAAAUCUGAGCAGCCCUGUCUCACAUUUACAGGUGAUUCAUUAUCAUUACAGCUAUCUGUAACAAUAUGAAAAUUUGAGCAGCCCUGGCUCACAUUAGCAGGUGAUUCAUUAUCAUUACAGCUAUCCGUAACAAUAUGAAAAUUGAGCAGCCCUGGCUCACAUUUACAUGUGAUUCAUUAUCAUUACAAUUAUCCGUAACAAUUUGAAAAUCUGAGCAGCCCUGGCUCACACUACCUAUUGAUUCAUCAUCAAUACAGCUCUCUGUAAUACUAUAAAAUUCUGAGCAACCCUUGCUCAUAACAACUUGUGAUACAUUUUCAUUGCAGAUCUCUGCAGUAACAUCAAAACCUGAGCACACCUGGCUCACAUUAUCAACUAAUUCAUAUUCAUUACCAGUACAUAUCUCUGUAAAAAUAUCAACAUUUGAGCAACCUUUGCUCACAUUACACAGUGACUCAUUUACAUCACAAUAAUUAUCAACAACAAUUUUCUCUCCUUCCCCCACCUCAGGGAUUACACUCACCUCAUCAACUUCACGCAAAAAAUCAACUUCAGGACUUACAUUAUCUGAUGGCUCACCAUGAGAUACAACAAAAAUCAUGUCCUCAGACAUUAGAACAGGGUUCUCUUUGCUUUCAAUACAGCCCGUUUCCAUAACCACCAGUUUAUUACAUACUGUGACGCUGGGACAAUCCCCUACAUACGUCCACCUAAGGUCAUUUCCAAUGACUUCUACCUUAUUAAAUUGUCGUCCCCUUUCUUCUUUACAUUGGACUUCCUGGGAUACACCAACUACUUCAACCUCGUUUUGACAUGAAUCCAAAGCUAUAUCUGUACCCUUUGCCACUGGGGGUAUGUCAGCACAGUCAACGAUGUCCCUUUUAACGUUAGCCGACGGACCAAUUAACAAAUCACUGUCAUUUCUAUUUAAAAAAAUUGAGUCGUCAGCAGAGGCAAUACUAUCAUUUUGUUCCUCAGUAUCUUUAGCCAUGAACCGUGGUUGCGAGGCCGGCUCUUGCCUGGGGUCAGGAUCAUGAGUAUGUCCACCGUUAUCCACAUAUUUGUUUUCACUUACAUUAAUAGAAACUCUAUUAAAAUUUUUAUAGGGAUUCUCACAGUGAAUGCUGGCAAUGCCAUAAUAUAUUUCCUCCCCUUGACUCUCGUCAUCGUCACUGUCGCUAUAAUAAUAUGCCUGUCUCUUUAAAAUAAUUUCCCGUCGUUCUGCCACUAAUUUUGCCAGUCUAAUUUCUCUAUCACGUUUAUCUAGUUCAAAUUGUCUCUGACUCUGUUUAUCUCUAUAUAUACGAUCUUUCUGUCUGGCUCUAAGUUCUUCCUCUCUCUUUCUAUCUAUACGUUCUUCCUCUCUGGCUCUAAGUUCAUCCUCUCUCUCUUCCCGUACGUGUUCUUCGAACUUAACUCUUAUAUACUCCUCUAGGUUCUCUCCCGUAUAAAGAAGUAACACACCCACAUGCCUAAUUUCUUCUAAACUCCAUUUCCUACUGACAUAUCCAGCCAUAUCAAUGCAAAUUAAGGGUGAUCAUACAGUAAACAAUAAUUAAGUUUUAAGGACCAAUCGCUGUCUACUAACUCUAGCAAAAAUCUAAAUUCUACCCAGGUAAAAAAAAUGUUAAUACAUAAGUCAUAAGAAAAUUAAUGUCAAAAAUGUUUUAAACAAUAAAAAUCCAACUUGCCUGGUUACUGGAAAGUCCUAUAGAAUUUAAAUAUUAUUCAAAACACACUGGGCUUAAUUAAGUGUCAAUGGUUCUUUACUGUCAAUAGUUCUCUCACAAACUGCAGUUUUCCUAUAUGGCGAUCUUGGGAAACAGUCAUUGAGGUGUGGGUGACCGGGACGGGUCACGGCACAUCGGCAGCUCACUGGACAUAAUGUAGGCGAAUCGCCGACACUGGACAGUUCGUGGGUAACUCACCAAUACAGGAUCGGACAUAGGAAGCUUGAUGCGGGACGGGACGUUGGUGGCUCGUUGAAGCAGGACAGGGCGUUGAUCAACUGGGUGACCGGACAGGGCCACAGGACAUCACAACUCACUGGACACGAAGUUUGUAGCUCACCCCCGACAGGACGUAGAUAACUCGAUACAGGGAAGUGCGUAGUUAAUUCACUGGAGCUCAAAUGGACGUUGGCAACUUGAUGAAGAUCGGGGCUGGGGAUUUCACUGGACCUGGACACGAAGUUGGUAGCUCACUACCGAAAGAACGUAGAUAACUCGAUACGUGGAGGGGCGUAGUUAAUUCACUGGAGCUGAACACGAAGUGGGUAGCUCACUACCGACAGGACAUAGAUAACUCGAUACAGCGAUGGCCGUAGUUAAUUCACUGGAACUGAACAGGACGUUGGCAACUUGAUAACGGGCAGGGCGUAGUUAAUUUGCUGUAACUGGACACAACAUUGGUAACUUCAUACAUAGCAGGACGUAGUUAUUUCACUGGAACUGAACAGCACGUUGGCAACUUGAUAACGGACAGGGCGUAGUUAAUUUGCUGUAACCGGACAAGACAUUUGUAACUUCAUACAGGGCAGGACGUAGUUAUUUCACUGGAACUGAACAGGACGUUGGCAACUUGAUAACGGCCAGGGCGUAGUUAAUUCACUGGAACUGAACAGGACGUUGGUAACUUGAUUACGGGCAGGGCGUAGUUAAUUUGCUAUAACUGGGCACGACAUUGGUAACUUCAUACAGGACAGGACGUAGUCAUUUCACUGGAACUGGACACGAGGUUAGUAUCUUGCUACAAACGAAACGUUGUUAACUUGAAUAAGGGCCAUGCGAAGUUGGCCUGUAGCAGGUUAGGACUAGCCUAAUACAGGACGUAGGUGGUUGAUUGAGUUACUGGCGUAUGCAACUCACAUAAACUUGACACACGGUGGCAGCGUGGCUCUGACAUUGAAUCACGGGAACAUGCGACGAUGGUUGUAACUUCACUAAAGUUGAAUAAUAAGAAUGUUCUUGUACUUUACCUCAAGUAUGAAAAUAACAAGGUUCACCAAUCCCGGAUGAGAAGCCCCCAUGUCAACUCCUACACGUCUUCUUGGAUUGAUUACAUUCGUCAGUUCUUUCAUACGUUGAAGCGUCGUACUAUUCUCACUAUCAAUUAACAAACUCAACUCCUUUUCAUAAUAACUAUAACUUUAAUAUCUAAGUAAAUAUAAUAAACAUCCUAUCACUCCAAGGUUCCACUCAAGACUGCCGCACGACUACAACAUACGUCACAACACUGCAUAGACAAUACGUCACGACUCAGCAUAAAAAUACGUCAUAGAGACAAUGGCGGGAAGAGCGUUCACUAACUAUAAUAGUCAAGCGCGGGAAAAGUGUUCAACAACUAAUGAACAUAAUAUUGAGUCGCAACAAUUACUAAUGAAUGCUCAUACUCGACAGCUACCAUAUAGACACGCAUGCCUGAAAGACUAUUACUUUUGUUUUAUUAGUUUAAUUUAUAUAUAUAUCUAUAUACAUAUAUAUAUGUAAAUAUACAUAUACAUAUAUAUAUAUUUUAUACAAAUACAUAUUUAUUUAUAUAUUAAUUUUAACUUUUUUAUUUUAUAUUAAAUGUCAGCAUUGUAAAUUAAGAUUGUCAAAUAAUAAAAUGUGCUUAUAUACAUUAUUUUUUUCAAAAGAAAAUGGUUUUAAAGACAUUAAAAAAAAAAUUGUUUGUAAUGAAACAUGUCUAUUUUAUAAAAUGUUUGAAGUAAGAGAAGUCUAUUUCAUAACAUGUUUUUAAUAAUACAUAUCUAUUUUAUAACCUAGUAUGUCUCCAAAUGUAUCCUCUUACAGGACCAGGAUCAGUUACUCGAUUCCCUAGACCUGGGCCUGGAUCUGGAUCUGGACCUGGAUCUGGACAUGGAUCUCGUAAGUACUAUUUACUUGAAUUUCUAUUAAACUUUCCUAGAACUGAAGUCGAUAAAUAACUAAAAGUAAUAAUCCAAGAAAACAUGUAUUUGACUAGAAACAAAAUAAUAGUUACAACACUGGUGUGUAUCCAUUGUUGAAAGUUGGAUGUUUAAUCCGUACUUAUUAUUGUAGUUGAAUUUUUUUUGACAGGUUAACAAUCAACCUAAAAAAAAUUUACGUCUUGUUCGUAUCAAGUAGUUUAUUUCACAAAAAAGUCUCAACAAAAUGCCAGACGUAACGACUUUUUUCUUUUACUUCAAUCAAAAUAGUGUUGUUUUGGAAAGUCUUUAAACUGAGGCAAUGUCAACGCCACCCGAAACAACCACUCCAAGACAAAUCUGCUUGAAUGUCAAUGAGUUCAGCUCAAUAAGCUCUAUCAUUUAAAGUCUGCUUAAGUAUCCAUGAGUUCAGCUCAAUAAGCUCUGUCAUGUCAAGUCUGCUUCAGUAUCAAAGAGUUCAGCUCAAUAAGCUCUGUCCUGUAAAGUCUGCUUAAGUAUCAAUGAGUUCAGUUCAAUAAGCUCUGUCAUGUCAAGUCUGCUUCAGUAUCAAAGAGUUCAGCUCAAUAAGCUCUGUCUUGUAAAGUCUGCUUAAGUAUCAAUGAGUUCAGCUCAAUAAGCUCUGUCCUAUAAAGCCUACUCAAGUAUCAAAGAGUUCAGCUCAAUAAGCUCUGUCCUGUAAAGCCUACUUAAGUAUCAAAGAGUUCAGCCCAAUAAGCUCUUUAUUGAACCAAGUCACCAAUGCACCCCAACCGUCCUGAAUUUGUAACAAAUUACAUUUCAGUUCUUCAAAUCUUUAUCCACUAUCACUUCGUCUAAGCAGGUUUUAAAUAUAUCGCCUUUAAAUGUUCGAUCUCUACUCUAUACACAAUUUGAUCGUUAAGCGCCUUCCUCAAUUUACUUUACAUGUGUUGAUUCUUUCGUAUAUAGGCUGUAAGCCCUACAUGAAAAAUCUGGACUUAUUUGUCAAAUAUGAAGAUUUAGGGAAGACAUACUAUAUCUCUAAAGACAGUUACAGUACGGUUGCUGACGCUGCGGCUACGUGUACAACACUGUGUGCAUAUCUGGCUGAGAUAGACGAUAAAGCAGAAGGCAAUCGAGUCAUCGCAAUGAUGGCGAGGCUCAACACUCUUGGCCUACUUAUAGCAGGCUCGGACAAGCUCAAGGAGGGGCAUUGGGUGUAUGACAGGACAGGAAAAAGUGCCAAAUACUUCGACUGGUGCAAUGGAGAACCCAAUAAUCAAAAUGAUGAAGACUGCGUGGCCUACAAUAAGCAUCAAGCUUGCGUGUGGGACUUUCCUUGCUCGUUUCGCUAUGCACCCGUUCAUCUUUAUUACAUAUGUGAAAAAUAGAUCGAUGUAUCAAUGUUGAGGUUCAGGAUUUUAAUCUUCAGAUAAGCAUGUGUUUGUUAUCAUUACGUCUGUAUUAUCAGUAUGUCUUUGUUAUCAUCAUGUAUUUGAUAUCACAAUGUCUUUGUUAUCAUCAUGUCUUUGUUAUUAUCAUGUCUUUGUUAUCGUCAUGUCUUUGUUAUCAUCAUGUCUUUUUUAUCAUUAUGUCUUUGUUACCAUUAUGUCCUUGUUAUCAGCUUGUCUUUGUUAUUGUUUUUUUCUUCUUUUCUUUCUUAUUCUUCAAAUCUAAAUGCAUUUGUUUGUUUUUUAAAACUGGACUGUCAACGCCAGACUUUACAACAGAGUUUUUUUUAAAGCUAUUUUAAAUAGUAUUACUUAAAAAUAAGAAAUUGAACAAGAGAUGGUGAGACAAUUUCGUUAGUUUGCAGGCCACCAAGUGGGCGAUGACGGGCUACGCCAGGUGGGUGCUGGCGGGCUGUGACUAGUGGGUGCUUGCGGGCUGCGACAAGUGGGUGCUGGGGGCUGUGACAAGUGGUUGCUUGCAGGCUGCAGCAAGUGGGAGCUGGCGGGCUGUGACUUGUGGGUGCUUGUGGGCUGCGACAAGUGGGUGCUGGUGGG